AUGGCGGAGAGAUCAACUGACACAGCAUUUGCACCCCAUCAUAUGGAAAAUGGAGACAUUCCUGAUCACAAAGACGGUAGAAAGAACUCAGCUAUUACCAGCCCAAUUGUGUUGGACGAUUAUACAGGUGAAGUAUUAGUGAAGAAAGCGACUGGUAAAUCAAAAAUAAGGAAGGGUCAAAGUGAAGAGGACUACCAAGAUCAGUUGGUCCAGUUUUUCCAGUGUGGACAAGGACCAGUCCGAACUGAAGUAGGCUGGAUGGACAAGCUGUGUCUGGAAAACCAUAACUAUGAUAUUUCCAUUAAACAGGAGAGGCAGAAGCUCACUUCAUAUUGCCAACGACUAUAUUUCAACAAAAAAUUCCACGAAUCUCAUGAAUUUGCCCUCAAACUGCUAGAGUUGUAUAGACCUAUGGAUAAAAAGAAUAAAAUGGUAAAAGAAAUUGAAGAAUUAGAAUAUAUUAUUAAAAAUUCCAAGGAAAAACAAUCUUUUACAUGA